UGUGUUUACCAUCUCUCUCUCCUUCUCCCUCUCUCUCUCUCCUUCUCCCUCUCUCUCUCCUUCUCCCUCUCUCUCAGUAUGUUCAGGGUGUGUUGAAUUGGACGCGAUGAUGACGUACCUGAUGGUAUUUGGAGACGUGGUGUUCACACUAGUGAUCGUGGCCAUAGUUUACCGCUGCGCUCAGAAGAAGGCUGGAACUGCUGCUCCUCAGAGAGUGACACAACCGCGUCAAGCACGGGGUCAGGCAAGAGCACCUCCACCUCCCGACCCUGACUAUCAGCCUCUGAACCAGGCCACGCGUUCCAAUGACUUGUACGCUCAGGCAAAUCGGCGAUAAUGGACCUGUAAUCAUCGGACCUUAUUAUAAACAUCAGCUUUACACAUGCAUGGAAUCCUCCACGUUUUACAGUUGUCACACAAACAUCCAAACACACACACGCAAACACACACAUACACACACACACACACGCACGCACAUGACUGACUUGUAUUUCCAUCAAUGUAGAGUUCUUCCAAUGACCUAUUUUUAACGGUAGCUACAACAAACCUAGUCUUUUUUUUAAGCUGUAGAUUUUGUUAAAGAAAAAGGAAAUUCUCACUUGUAUUAAACAAAAUUAAUCAAAUUAAUCAAAUUAAUCAAAAGUUUCUAUCAGAAUGGUAAGUACAUGUCAAAUGCAUACACACACACACACACAUUGUAUAUACUAUAAUUAUGAUAUAUUAUUAUAAUUAUGAUAUACAGUAUAUUGAUGAAAUGAAGCAAUAAGACAUUAUUGAACUAAUGUUACUUAUGAAAUCACCACAGACUUUUACACAUACAGCAUAUUCAUAUAAAUAUUCCUAAUAAAAUAUGAAUAUUUUAAUCAAAUAUUCAAUGCCUUAUAAACAUGUAAUACACGUGUCACUAAUUAUCAGAAAUAAUGAAAAUAUAUUGCAAUUUUAUUUUAUUUUCACAAAACCUUUUUCCCAAAUAGUAAGCAAGAAUGUAUGUUUCUUUUCCCACUUCCUUUAGUAGCUUUAGAUUUCUUUUUAAUUCCUUUGCAACUUUACCAAAAUGUGACUCAAUCUGUUACUUACGUUGUUAUAUUAUCGUAGUAAUAACGUUAGCUAAGGACAAACCACUUGGAAAUUUUUUUAUAUUUUACCCUGCAGUAAGAUAUCUGAGUUGAUGUUAUUCUUUUUCAACUUUAAACUUUUAAAAGUAAAAUUGAUCAUACUUUGUAACUUACAUUCUUAUAAAAACGUACACGCGCUUGUCAGGACAGUGGUCUGUGCUUUAGUUCGCGGACCUACAGGAUGUAGUGUGGCGGCAAAACUUAUAUAAAGCAAAUCGUUAAUUGAUCUUAAAGACCAUUGUGGUAGUUUUAAAAGCUUAUAUUGUAUUUAGGACAACAAACUGUACUUGUACAAGUAUUUUCAUUUUCAUUCAGUAAAUUUCAUUUUUCAUUUACCUCAGAUUGUGAGGUGACGGUGAUUAAAGUGAUUUGUGAUCAUUAUUAAACAGUAAAAGGCACAAGUCCUAACUAAGAUAAACAAUGCCGCUUAUGCUACAGGAUGUUAGCUUGAUUUAUGAAUAUUAGCUUGAUAGAAAACCUUAUAGAAAUACUUUUAAAUAUUGUAGUAUUUAUUUGUGUGCCUUGUUUUGGUUCAAAGGAAUAUUCUGCAAAAUUUCAUAUUCUCCAUUGAGCAAAAGAUUCCUAUUGGCUUAGAAGGUUUUUUUUAUCAUUAUAGCUUUUUUGGUAUAAAGCUACUAGAACUUUCUUCCAAAUAAUAGCCAAAUGUAUAGCAAUAUGAUAUUUACAUGCUAAAAGUCAUUCUGAAUAUUUUCUAUUUCUGUGUGUAAAUACAUAUCAACUGUCUCAAUGUUCACUUCUGUAUGUUCUUUUUGCUCAGUUUUAGUGAUAUAAAAUGAUGCAUACUUUUUAAUAAAAAUUCUGAUUACGAUCAUUUGAAGCUCGUGACUCCACUGCUGAUUCAUACAGAGUCAUACUCGGCAUGUUUACUAGAAAUGAGCUGGAAAUAUCAACGUGACUGAUUCUGUGGGAUGUCAGGUUUCUGUUUUACGACUUGUUUUUAAGCACAUCACCGUUCCACACUAGAUCAGAUGGGCUGACUCAUGGAGAUAUAACUUAUAUAUAACUAUAUAACUUUUUUCUCUGUACAUACGCAAGCUUUUCUCUAAUCUAUAUCGUACUUUUUUUACGUGUCUUAAAUGCUAUAAAUUUACACAAUAAAGUUGCAUUUGCUAUCAAACA